AUGGCUGUCUUUUCAAAACCUCUCUCUUCCCAUCGCCUGACCAGCGCGUCUGCCAAAGCCAUUGUCAACGACCUUACACGUCUGUAUCUCCAACACCGAACACGCAUAUCGCGCGCCGUGUACCUUACCCUCUUCGUCGCCCUCAUAAAUCGUAUACGAAAUGCCAUCGCCGAACAGAAAGCCGCUUCUUUACGGCGUGCUUCCAAAUCAGCGGACAAGACAACAGCAGGCGAGGGCGAAGCAACAGGCAGGAAGAAGGUAGAGCUGAACAGGGAGUUCUUCAAGAACCUGCUCAGACUACUGAAGAUAUGCAUACCUGGUUGGAAGAGCAAGGAGUUUAGGCUCUUGAUCGGGCAUAGCGUCUUCUUGGUGCUUAGGACGAUGAUCAGUCUGUACGUCGCGGAGUUGGAUGGAAGAUUGGUUAGUGCGCUCGUGAGGGGCAAGGGAAGAGAGUUUCUCCUAGGUUUGGUAUGGUGGAUGGCUGUGGCUGUCCCAGCGACGUUUACGAACAGUAUGCUCUCCUACCACCAGUGCAAACUCUCCCUCCAAUACCGAACGCGCCUGACGAAUUACAUUCAUUCCAAAUACCUCUCUCAGAUGACCUUCUACACGCUUUCUGCCCUCGACGACCGCAUCGCAAACGCCGACCAACUCAUCACUGUUGACGUCUCCAAGUUCUCCAAUUCGCUUGCGGAACUCUAUUCCAAUCUCGCCAAACCCGUUCUAGACAUCAUAAUCUACAACUACUCGUUAUCGCGGAGCGUCGGUGGCGAAGGACUGUUCUUCAUGAGCUUGCUAGUUCAGAUCUCGGCCAACGUAAUGAGGGCGCUUACCCCACCGUUCGGCAAAUACGUAGCAGACGAAGCGAGAUUGGAAGGCGAAUUCAGGUUUCAGCAUUCCAGGCUAAUCGACUGGAGCGAGGAGGUGGCGCUGUAUGCGGGGCAUGAGGCGGAGAAGGAUACUUUGGAUAAGGGAUACUUUACGCUAAUCAAGCAUGUCAACCGGAUACUGAGGAGGAGAUUCUAUCACGGAGUCAUGGAAGACUUUGUGAUCAAAUACUUCUGGGGCGCUCUGGGUCUGUUGCUUUGCAGUGUGCCAGUGUUCUUCAAAGUGCCAGGCACAGGCGGCAUGACUAUGGGGGAUCGGACGGAGAGCUUCGUAACCAAUCGCCGAAUGCUCCUCAUGUCUAGUGACGCCUUUGGUCGCGUCAUGUUCUCGUACAAGGAAAUCACCGAACUCGCUGGUUAUACCUCACGCGUAUCAACCCUCCUCGAUGUAAUCGAUGAUAUCCAAGCCGGCCAUUUCGAGAAGAAGCUUGUUUCUUCAGCUGACAUCGAAGAAAACGCAUCCGUUUUGCGCGGUCGUGGUAUCGUAACUGAAGGCGCCGAUAUCGAGUUCAUCGAUGUACCUAUAGUAUCUCCGAAUGGUGAUGUGCUCGUUCGGGCACUUUCCUUCAGUGUAAAACCCGGCGAUCACCUACUGAUCGUAGGACCAAACGGAUGUGGAAAGAGUAGUCUGUUUCGAAUCCUUGGAGGUCUAUGGCCUGUAUAUGGUGGUAAGGUACGGAAGCCACCAUUCGAAGACAUCUUCUAUAUCCCACAACGACCAUACCUCUCGCGUGGUACGCUACGUCAACAGAUCAUAUAUCCAGACUCGCUACAUGACAUGCACUCCAAAUCCAUUACCGACAACGACAUUCUUUCCAUACUCGAGACCUUGAACCUCGAAUCCCUUAUCGACCGCCCCGGUGGCUUUGAUGCAGAGGCGCAAUGGGAAGACGUGCUUUCUGGCGGUCUUCAACAACGCGUCGCUAUGGCGCGACUCUUUUACCACAAGCCUCGGUACGCAAUUUUGGACGAAUGCACAAGCUCCGUCACCCUGGAAGUAGAAAGAGUCAUGUACGAAGAAGCGAAGAGAUUGGGUAUAACCCUUAUGACAGUCAGCCACCGUAGAAGUCUCUGGAAGUAUCACACCAGGAUACUGCAGUUUGAUGGUCAAGGCGGCUUCUAUUUUGGAGGGCUCGACGCGGAGAGGAGGGCAAUACUCGAAGAUGAGAAAGAAGAUAUCGACCUGCAGCUCAGAGCUGUUCCUGACAUCGAGCAAAGGAUCAAGGAAUUGGAAGCUUCGCGAUGA